AUGGUCCUUGACAUUCCCAGAGACGCUACACACACGCCUGACGUCGGUCAUGACAUCUGGCCCAUCAUCCUCUCCUACCUCCGCCGACCACUCCCCCUCCCGUACUCCCGUCCCGAUCGAUCAGCCUUGGCGCAAGGCGAUUUGGCGCGUGCGGCUCGCGUCUGUAAGGCGUUCUUAGGCAUCAUCAUCCCCAUCCUCUACCGGGUCGUUCUGACCGACAACUUUCCCCUCCUCAUCAUGGGCAUGAGCAAGAAGGUCACUACUCUCCAGUCGCCACUCUUCUACACCAAAAAUCUCUACAUCGAGUAUAGAGGGAAAGCUCUGGAGCCUACCUACCUACAAUACCUCACCCAUCCCGACCUAACUCAUGCCUACGGCGUCAACGAGAGCGGGAAGGUCCUGAUGAGGCGGGCGUCCUGCGUCCGCGAGGUCAAGGCAUGGAUGGACACCCUCGCAUGGUUCCAGAUGCCAGGCAGCUCCAUGGCCCGGAUCCUCCCAAAGCUGGAGACGCUAGCGAUCUCCUCCAUCUACGGCAAACUCCAUGGCCGGAUGUGGAACGAAUACGAGUCCCUCGCGGCUCUAUCCACCAACGACGGUUCCACGAUCCACGAGGUGCUGGCGUCGAGUAACAUCCGUCACCUCUGCGUCGCCGACACUUACGGACCCCUCUCCCUUCCUACACCCGCUCACCUUCCCAAGGUCCUAGGCAACUUUACGCAAUGCCUCCAUUUCGGGGGCGGCGACAUUUUCAAUCCGAGCGAGACCUACCCUCAGGACCUCCUCUCACUCCCCCUCGGUCGUCCUGUACGAUGGGUCAGUCAAUACCCCUCUACGGCGGACUUAUUCGGUCUGAUCGGCUACAUGACCGGCAUCAUCAAGCACGCUGUCUCGGACCGCCGGCUCGCCGGGGCACCUCAUCACCCUCGCAGCCGGUCCGUAGACCUGGAGAUAUACUGCUCUUCGGCGCGAAUGCGUUCGGCGGUCUUUCCCAAAGAGGCCUGGGCGGAGCUCGGUACCCCCAUCACUCCUCGGCCGCCGGCUCAACCAUAUUUCGUCGUGUCGGACCCCGAGCAAAAGGGGGCUGUCCAGCAGAAUCUAGAUCUUCUUCUCGAGGCACUCCGGGCUCAGGGUGGCAAGUACGACUCGGUCAAGUGGUUCAUCUCGCCUGAGACGCCCAUCUGCCUAGCGUGCGGAUGCGGUCCGCCCGCUUGA